AAAACUCAAUCUUCAACGUCGUUUUAAAUGUUAAUUAAAUCCAAUAGAACGAAACAUGGACAGAGUGGUUUCACUUGUUUUCCUGAUAACUCCAGUCUUCUCUCAAUAUGCAAUGAACACUGGGAUGAGAGCUGAUGUUACGUUCGAUGUUCGCAAUGACAGAUUUGACAUGGGCGACCUCAUACGGAAACAAAAUAAGUACUACGGAGUUACAGCCAUGGACCCACAAUCAUCAGAAGAAUAUAGACGCAAUUACGGACAAGAUAGAGACCAAUUUCCCAUAUUUAGAAGAAGAGGAGACGACUCAAGCGAACAUAAACAUAGACGACAAACGAACAAAGGCAGAAUGACUAGAAAAUCUAAAUCACUAAGUAAAACGAGACAGCAGAUGUUGAAUGACAUUAAAAGGGAAAGAGAGGCUCGAUUGAAUAACAUUCUAAACGAAGCCUUAUUAAGAAUAAAUUCAGCUAGACGAAAUGAGGAUUUCGCUUAUCACGAUGAAAUCGUAAGCAAUAGUGACAAUGAAGAAGACUUUAAGAGAAAUCUUAAUACAUUUAAAGCUAACGUUAAAGAGAAUUCGGGUAAAUUGGAGGAUGUUGAAGAUAUUCUUAGUAACUUAGUGAGUAAAGGCAGACGCAGCAUGCCAGAUGAAGACCAGAAGGUUUUAUUGCAUUAUGCCUUUCCAGUAAAUAUGAGGGUUGAAGGAUUUCUUCAGACACCUUGA